AUGGAAGGGCAAAUUCGGGGACGCAUGCCCGAGGACGUCCUUGCCUUCAGUGAAGAGGACUUCGAGACCUUGUCUCAUCCCCAUAAUGACGCGCUCGUAAUUUCAUUUCUCUUGAAUAACAUCCAAAUAAAAUGUGUGCUCGUGGAUCCAGGUAGCUCGGCCAACGUAAUCAGGCUGAAGGUAGUGGAGCAGCUCGAAUUGCUCAGUCAAAUCAUACCUACCUCUCGAGACCUCUGCGGUUUCAACAUGGCCGGUGAAACAACGAAAGGGGAGAUCACCCUCCCGGUCAACGUGUCUGGUACAGUUCGAAACACAAAAUUUCAUGUCAUCGAAGUUGACAUGAGAUAUAAUGCAUUACUUGGAAGGCCACGGAUACACAACAUGAGGGCAAUACCGUCAACUCUUCACCAGAAGAUAAAGUUUUCAACAGAAGACAGUAUAAAAAUGGUACAGGGAGAACAGCAUGCAGCUAAGGAGAUGUUCGCGGUUCACGAGGAGCUACCAAUCUCAAUACCCUCCACCUCGGAGGAGCCGGAGGACAAACAGACCCCCGAGAACGAUGAAAAAGACUUCCUGGCCCACUGA